AUGAAAAUUAAUAAGGAAACCCUGUCGGAUAUAAGGGAGGAGUACGAGAAGGCGCACCGGCUGAUUAACGAGGAAAGCGAGAACGAUCCACCCACGGAACCGUUCCGUUCACACUACAGCGCCCGCGAUGUCCUGAACGCGGCGCUGCGAAAGGUGAAAACUCUGGCCGAGGCGCUGGAUCCAGCAUCGGAAGCGGCCACCACGGUACGAUGUAUUCGGGCAACCAUACUCAAGGACCUCGCCAAGAUUAGCACCUUCGUCGAGGAAUCCAACGGAGAGGUGCUGUUGAACGAGGCGCUCGAGCUGAUCGAAGCUGAUCGUGGCAAGGAACCGGCGCUGAACGUGCACAUCGAAAUUCUCAACGAGAUCGCUAUCAUGUGCUGCAACAAUUUGGCAAUUCCUAAUUGCUCAGAAUCCAAGGUGUUUCUGGACCAGGCAAAGGAUAUUUACGCGGAUGCUAAGGAACGCGAGCUUGAGCCGCUCACGAUCGCUGGCCUGUUUGGCAGCAAGGAGGAAGUGGAAAAGGGGAAAGCAUUGAAGCUGCUGGAAUCGAACCACACCCUCACCCUGUACUAUUUGGCGCAGGUGUUUGGUUUCCUGGACAACGAGUUGGAGAAGGCACGCUACUGCUGCAUCACACUGAAGCGCCAGCUGGAGUACAACGAAUAUGAGCAUGUAGACUGGAUACUGAAUGCGUCCACCCUAUCGCAAUAUUAUUAUGCACGGAAUCAUCUCACUCAAGCACGGCACCUUCUGGCCGCCAGCACGUACAUGCUGCACCGGUAUGAAGCGGAAGUCGUUGAGAAGAUCACCAAUCCGGAGGAGCGAGCCGAAAAGGAGGAAAACCUACGCCAUGGCAUGGCAGAUAUCGCGCGCUGCUGGGCUAAAUACGGGCUGCACAUCUUGCGCGCAUCCCAUGAGCGGCUCAGUAAGGAAGACGAUUGCGAUGAGGAGGGAACAAAGGAGCCUCCGCUGACACCGGUGCGGAAGAUGGAGCGAUUCGUGGGCCUCGAGCUCGGUCGUUACGAGGAUCAGGCCCCCGAUGAGUUCUGCGUUACGUUUGACGAUGCAGAGCUGGUGAUGCUGAACUCGUUAUCGUGGCUAAACAAGGCCAAGGAGUACUACACCAAGGAAUCGGAGGCCAUCCAAUACACGGACAUCGUGCAUGAUGUCGCCCUUCUCUAUCGGCAUCUUUCGUUCUUCACAGCAGACGAGGGAAUCCAAUACAAGCUGCUGAAACGAAAUGUGAAUCAGCUGGAAGAGAUCAUUGAUAUUCUGAAUCCCACCUACUACCAAAGCAUAUGCAGAUCGAUCUGGUACGAGCUGGGACUGACCUAUUACAUGUUGAACAUAAGAUUCGGUCAGAUGCACGACCUGCAGUCAACGGAGCUACCGACACGGCACACGGUAAAUAAGAUCAACCGAAUGUGCGGUAAGAGUAUACAGAACUUUAAAAAGUUUCUCACUUCUUACAACGUCCCACUGGAUACGCUGCAACUGCCGGCCAGCGUUGAGGAAGGCGAAAUGCCACCCAUGCUCAACGCUCUCUUGCUCAUUGGCCGGCUGCACUAUCGGAUCAUCACGCCCGAUAAACGGCUUAAGCUGAAAAGCACUGAAAACAGUCUACUGUAUUACGGCCAGUUAGUCGAGUGGUGCAAGGAGGAGCGCACGAAAUCAAUGUUCUUACCGGAGAUGGAAAUUGGAAAGCAGUUAAUUAGCAAGGUGCGCGUUAAGAUCGAAAAAUUGAAAGCAGAGAUCGCUCAAUGAGUGCCGCCGCUUACGCUUAAACUUUGUUAAUUUAUUGUACAAUGGGAAAUGGUUUUUUUUUAUUCUUUCAUCAAGUAUUCUAAUUUUGAAAUGUUGUAUUCAGAGCAUAAUCGUUCCCCUAGUUCUAAAAAAAAUAUUUUUUGCAACAUUAUGUUACACACUGUACAGAGAGGGCUUUUAUGUAUGUUAUCGCUCCUGGCGGAGCUUUUUGGCGUUUUUCGCUUGCUUUCAAAAAUAACGGAAAGUGAUAGUAUUUAUAAUUUAUAAUUUUCUGUUCAGUUAUCUCAUUUUUCGAUUUAAUAUUUAUGUGAUAGCACUUAGUGCGAUAGCAUAGGGCAAAGGUACAAAAACGCAAUCGAAAUGCACACGAACCUAUAGAUAAGUUCCACAGAAGAUGAAAUUCCUCAUCAUUCAGCCAGCACGAGGAAUGUGAAAGCAAACCGGUGCCCUGUUGCACAUUUCUCCGGUGGAAAAAAAAAGUGAUCGUUGCA